AUGUUUAACUUUGUAGACUUUAAAAAUGAGUGUUGCUUUUGUUAUUAUAGUAUCAGUAGAGAUAAGAUAAAGAGGACUAAAAGGAAAAAUAAGGGAGGAAGUUUAAUUUAUUGUGAGUGUAAAAGUAGUAUUUGUUUAAGAGAUAUAGAUAAGCAUAGUAGUUUAGGACACUUAUCUAUGAUUGUUAAAGUUAAGAUAGGAAGGAGUGGGGAAGAGUUGGAGGGUAAUAGAGAUGGGGGAGAUAGUAGAGAUAAGGGUUUUGUUGUUAAAAAUAACAAAAAAAGUAAAGAUAAGAUAGGAGAUGGGGAUAUUUUGGUUGAGAUAGAAGAUUUUGGGUUAGGAGAGAGAUUUGGUUUUGAUUUGACUGGGGCUAAAGAGAUAGUUAAGGAUGCUGUGCUUAGUGAUAGUAGUUUAGGAGUAGGACUAGGUAGUAGUAGGAAUGAGAAUAGUAAGAAGUGCCUACAUUUAGAGAGGAUAGUGGGUAGUAGUAGUUUAGGUAAUGUUAGUUUAAGUAAUGGGUUAGGUAAUGAGUUAAGUGGUAGUAGUAGAGAUGAGGUAGAUGGAGAUAAGAAUGAUAAGAAUGAAAAUGAAGAUAAGAUAGAAAAAGAAGAUAAGAAUCAAAAAGAAGAUAAGAUAGAAGAUAUGGGUAAAGUUGUUAAAAUGAUGAAGGAAGAUAAGGUGAGAUUUGCUGGGGAUGUUUGUGGGAAGUGUGAGAUAGAUAGUAAUACUUGGGGGUGUUUGUGCUGUGGAGAAGUACUUUGUGGUCGGAAACAGUAUGGAGUGGAAGGAAAUGGACAUGCGAUGGAACAUUUUGAAAAAGAUGGGAGAUUAGAUAGUGGCCAUGGAGUUUUUGUUAAAUUACAGAGUAUUGAUUGGGUUAAGAGACGUUGUGAUGUUUAUUGUUAUAGUUGUGAUAGUUUAGUAAGUAUAGAAGGAGUGAUGGAUCGUAUAGUUUAUAAGAGUGAUAAAGAAGUGGUUGGGACUGAUAAGAUAGAAAGAUUGUUAAAUACUGAUGGAGUAGAUACGGAUUUAGGAGGUGAUUUAGGAGAAGAGAAAGGUAAAGGUAGAUUUAGUUAUCUUUUAGUGCAAAAAGAUGGUGGAAUUACUAAUUUAGGUAAUACUUGUUAUAUUUCAGCUGUUUUACAUGGUUUAGGGUAUGGUUUAGAACGGGAGAUAGGGAGAUUAGAAUCUUUUCCGGGGAUAGAACCUUGUGAAUCGCCUGGACAGUGUUUUGGGUGUCAGUUAGAAAAGGUCUUACGCCGGGUAGUAUUUGCCCAUUCAGCUAAGGUUAUUACUAGUGGAGGUAAUGAAAUGGGUAAUAAGAUAGGUAGUGGUAGAGAUAGUAGUGAUAAUUUUGAAAAAGAUGAUUUUUAUGAUUUUGAUGGUUUUGAAGAUAGAGAUAGAGAUAGAGAUAGUUUUUCAAUUGUUGAUUUUUGGAAAGUAAUGGAAAGUACUUAUCCUAAAUAUGCUCUGGGUAUUCAACAUGAUGCAACUGAAUUUUUAGAGGACUUACUUGUUAUGAUAGAGAAUUAUGAUCAAAUUGGUCAUUUUUCUAUGCUUUCUGAUUUGUUUAGAGCUGAGAUUGAAACAAAGAUAAGAUGUAAAGAUUGUCAAGUAGUUGGAACUUCUGAAAAAGAAACAAGAUUACUCUGGUAUCUACCUAGUAAUCAGAAAUUAGUUGAUGUUUUAAUGGGUCAGGAAAACUUACCAGUUGAGUGUAGUUGUGGGGCUAAAGAGAAGGUUAGAGAGAAUAUGGUCUUAAAAGCACCACGAGUCUUAGCCGUACGAGUUUUAGGAUCGGCUGAGAAUAGUGCUGGUAAAAGUGCUAAAAUAGAUAGGGAAUUAGUAGUGAAUGAUAAGCAGGGGAGUAAACAUUACUCUUUAGUGGCAACUGUGCUUUAUAAAGGAACAGUUAAUGCUGGUCAUUAUAUAGCUCAGGCUUAUACUAAGAGUAGACCGUACACUCAGGAAGAGUUUAAUGAAGCAGUUAAGAAAGUAACUGAAUUAGGUAGUGAUGAUAGUAAAUCUAGUUUGAUUUUAAGUCAACUAGAAGAUCCUUGGGUGGUUUAUGAUGAUGAAGCAAUUGGUGCUGCCUCUUUACUAGAUGAUUAUGCAGUACUGCUGUUCUAUGUGGCGGAUGAAUAA